ACCUCCCCUAAUUCCCCUCCCCUUCCUCUCAUGGCCUCCGCUUCUUCUCCAUGCCGUCGCCUCCUCCCCUCUUCCUCUUCCUCCCUCCUCGACCGGCCCCCCGCCGCCGCCCCUGCCUCCCCGCCGCCCGAUCUCCCCCCAUCUAAACUAAUUUUCGCUCCCAUGCCCGACGAUCCCCCGGCCGCGCCGCCCCCGGCCGCGGACGAAUCCUCCUCCCCUGACCCCUCGCCCCGCAAGACCCGCUUCCCACGAGCCUGCACCUCUCGCCCCCCCGCCGCCGCUCGGCCCCCGCCGCCGGAGCGCCGCCCCGUCACCCGGCGGGAGAAGGAGCAGCAGCAGAAGGCUGGGCGGGUGAUCAUGCCGCUCGUCCAGCCCCCGCCGCCGUCGCAGCUGCCCCGGUGGGAGCUCCGUUCCAUGUGGGAACUUGCCUCCGUCCUCAACUUCCUCCAUGUUUUCAGACCAUUGCUUAAUAUUGGGAUGGAGUUUUCGGCUGAAGAACUCGAGACGGCGCUGAUCACGCCAAACAGCACCCUGGAUGACGUGCACAUGCCUCUGCUAAAGGCAAUUCCUCCAGUAACUCGCAUGGCAUUAGGGCGUGCAACCUGGGUUACAGUACUCUGCAGGAAAUUAAGAGAUUGGUGGCACUGGGUUGCUGAUGGUGAGAUACCAAUUGUUGCAUCCCAUGGGGCAGAGAUUGAGACAUAUAAGACUCUUGAUCCUGGGACACGUGUACUGAUUUUGAAAGCACUGUGUGACAUACGUGUUGAGCAAGAAGAUAUUCGGAAUUUUAUCGACAACUCCUUAAAACGAGGCAUUCAACUCUCAGCCUUUCGCAAAGAAAGGAUUGGUGGUGAUUCACAUGGGAUUUCUUAUUGGUAUGAAGAUGAUCCAAUUAUUGGCCAUCGAUUAUAUCGGGAGAUUAGACGGGUUGAAGCAAAAAAGAUCAGGACAAAGGGAUCAUCAUCUGCCCCUGUUAUAUCUUUUCAGUGGGAAACUGUUGCAACCAACUUAGAUGAAUUUCAAGAUGUUUCAGAGAAACUCUUUUCAAGUAAAAAUAGAACAGAAGCCUCUGUUGGGAAGAAACUAAAGAUUGAUUCAUUGCCAGAAAUUGAAAAAAUUCAUAAAAAAAAGGAGAGGCUGUUGAAAAAGCAACACAGAGAAGCCCUCCUCCUCGACAGCCUUUUUACUGCUGAUGGAAUUUCGUCAGGUCGUGCUCUUCGUGAUAGAAAACCUGUCACAUAUACUUUUGAUGAUUAUGACCGCUCCAUCAAUGAAGCUAUCAAAAUUACCAAGAAAAGACAGAGCUCACCUGAGAAUGUCGUUAGAAGAGCAGUUGUUGGGAGAACUGAGGUAUCUACUAAUGGUAAAUGGAAUGGCUCUUCAGAAAUAGAUCUAGUUGACUAUGAUGCACAGUCCCCGAAGUCAAAUGACAAUGAAGAAACUGAUGUAGAACACCAGGAUGAGCCUCUUGAUCGCAGCAAUAGGCGAAGGAAAAGACCUCAGAGAUACUUGGAGAAAGAUUUUGUGGAUAUUGUUUCUGAUAUUGAUGCAGACUUUGACAGUGAUGAUGACAUCGUAGGCGAAGCAGUAUAUGAUGAGGAAUAUCUGAGAAGUCGAAAACAGAGAAAGGCAUCAAGUGGUUCCGAGGGGGAUGAAGAGUACCGGUGGGAGGAGGAAAAUGCAGAAGAUGAUGAGGAAGAGGAAUUUUCUUUGAGUACUAGUGAAGAUGUGGAGGAGCCAAAUCAUCAUAGGACGUUGCCAAAUCGAACUAGGCGGGAAACAAAAUUGAGAUCAGUUGAUGAACUCCAGACAGGCCUAAGACGUAGCAAGAGAGCUAUGCGAACACGUGUAAAUUACCGUCAAUAUGAGCUAUCUGAUACAGAUACAGAUUCCACAAAGCCAAGCAAGUCAAAUGCAACAGAUGCAUCUGAUGACUUGGAACUUUCAACAGAAAGUCAAGAAUCUCAGAAUGAAGAUGAAGAAGGCAGUCAAGAAAUAGCAGAGAACAAGAUGACCAUGGACCAUGUUGAGGCUGAGCAGAAAGAGCAGCAACAAUCAGUAGAAAAGACAGAUGGAAACCGACACGAAGGUGAUGGUGUCCAAAAAAUCAGGUUCCUAGACCUGAACGAGCUUGCUCCAGGAACAGGUUUUGAUGAUGGCCCUAGCACCAAGGAUGAAGAUACAGGCGACUUCUAGGGAGUCUGCCGAAGAACAGGUUGGCUUAUUCACAGCUCUGAUGGAGUAUUAGCUUACGAUAAUUUCUGGUGUCUGGAACCAACGGUUGCUACAAGUUCAUGAAAGCCAUCAAGUCUCACAACACGAGCUUGCAGAUGACAAAACAUCUAUUAGCAAUCCGCAUCCACUGCAGAACUGGGGUUUGGAGAUCAAAUGUGUAGAAUGUAGAUGGGUACUCAGCCUCUUGGAAGUUUGAGAUUUCAACUCUAUUAAUACGCGAUGGCAAUUUUGAGGAAGUAAUUCAUUGUAUCGAUGUAUAAUACGCCUUUAUGCUGAUCAAUUGCCAGAAUUUCUGGAUUUAAUUGUUGCCUUCUUUGUCAUGCAGAGGCACAAUGUUAAACUCUAGCUGAGAGGAUAGCGAUCCAUGUAGCAAUUCUAUGAAGAAAUAGUCCAUAUUGUGACUGUCUAAAAUUUAACGUGUACUUCAUUGUCAUAUUUCAAGGUUA